AUGGACAAAGAUUCUCAGGGGCUGCUAGAUUCAUCCCUGAUGGCAUCGGGCACUGCCAGCCGCUCAGAGGAUGAGGAGUCACUGGCAGGACAGAAGCGGGCCUCCUCUCAGGCCUUGGGGACCAUCCCUAAACGGAGAAGCUCCUCCAGGUUCAUAAAGAGGAAGAAGUUCGAUGAUGAGCUGGUGGAGAGCAGCCUGGCUAAGUCCUCUACCCGGGCGAAGGGGGCCAGUGCGGUGGAACCAGGGCGCUGUUCGGGGAGCGAACCUUCCUCCAGUGAGAAGAAGAAGGUGUCCAAAACCCCCAGCACACCUGUGCCGCCCAGCCCCGCCCCAGCCCCUGGACUUACCAAGCGUGUGAAGAAGAGCAAGCAGCCACUCCAGGUGACCAAGGAUCUGGGCCGCUGGAAGCCUGCAGACGACCUCCUGCUCAUCAAUGCCGUGUUGCAGACCAAUGACCUGACAUCUGUCCACCUGGGUGUGAAGUUCAGCUGCCGCUUCACCCUGCGGGAAGUCCAGGAGCGCUGGUACGCCCUGCUCUACGAUCCUGUCAUCUCAAAGCUGGCCUGCCAGGCCAUGAGACAGCUGCACCCAGAGGCCGUUGCAGCCAUCCAGAGCAAGGCACUGUUUAGCAAGGCUGAGGAACAGCUGCUGAGCAAAGUGGGAUCGACCAGCCAGCCCACCUUGGAGACCUUUCAGGACCUGCUGCACAGACACCCCGAUGCCUUCUACCUGGCCCGUACUGCCAAGGCUCUGCAGGCCCACUGGCAGCUCAUGAAACAGUAUUACCUUUUGGAGGACCAGACAGUGCAGCCGCUGCCCAAGGGGGACCAAGUGCUGAACUUUUCCGACGCAGAAGACUUGAUUGAUGACAGUAAGCUCAAGGACAUGCGAGAUGAAGUCCUGGAACAUGAGCUGACUGUGGCUGACCGGCGCCAGAAACGGGAGAUUCGGCAGCUGGAACAGGAACUGCAUAAGUGGCAGGUGCUAGUAGACAGCAUCACAGGCAUGAGCUCCCCAGACUUCGACAACCAGACCCUGGCAGUGCUGCGGGGCCGCAUGGUGCGGUACCUGAUGCGCUCUAGAGAGAUCACCCUCGGCAGAGCGACCAAGGACAACCAGAUUGAUGUGGACCUGUCCCUGGAGGGUCCUGCCUGGAAGAUCUCCCGGAAGCAAGGUGUCAUCAAGCUGAAAAACAAUGGUGAUUUCUUCAUUGCCAACGAGGGCCGGCGGCCCAUCUACAUUGAUGGACGGCCUGUGCUGUGUGGCUCCAAGUGGCGCCUUAGCAACAACUCAGUAGUGGAGAUUGCCAGCCUGCGAUUUGUCUUCCUUAUCAACCAGGACCUCAUUGCCCUCAUUCGGGCCGAGGCUGCCAAGAUCACGCCACAGUGA